CGUCGGCGUCGGCGCAUGCGCGUUAGCGAAGGGUUGUCAGAGCGGGGCCUGGCCGUUCCAUUGUGUCCCUGCUGCGGAGAGGAAGCUCGAGGGCUUUUCGCUGCCGCCGCCGCCUCAGUGCUGCUAGGGAUGGAAACGGAGCCUCUGGAAGGAGACGGCGGCGGCCAUGAGGGGCCUAAGACGACUUCGGCCAUGGCCCCCGGACUCACGGCCUCUCAGCGCCGGGCCGAGAUUCGCCGGAGGAAACUGCUGAUGAACUCGGAGGAUCGGAUCAACCGGAUCAUGGGCUUCCACCGGCCAAAGGCGGAUGAUGACAGCCAUUCAGAAUCAAAACUUCAGCUGGAACAAGAUAAGCCAAGCACCCUUCCCACUCCUGUUUCCAAACGGGUUGUGCUAGGUGACACUGUUUGCAGUUUGGCAGGAACAGCCGACCACGCAAGCAGUGCAAUAGAGCACAAGGGAGAGAAAAAGGACUUGUUUAGCAUAACUCCCGAGGUUGGAAAUGAUGGCACUGGCGAGCUCCGACAGCGCAGCAGAGGGGAUCUGAUGGAGGUUCCGCAGAGAGCACCUCGCCACGGGUUAGACCAGUAUCUCUCGAGGUUUGAUGAAGCGAUGAAGCUAAGAAACCAACUUAUCAGUGAGAAGCCAAGCCAGGAGAAUGGAAAUGUGGUGGAGGAAUUUGAUUCCUUCCGUAUUUUUAGGUUAGUGGGGUGUGCGCUACUUGCCAUUGGAGUUAGAGCUUUUGUCUGCAAAUACUUGUCAAUAUUUGCUCCAUUUCUUACCUUACAGCUUGCAUACAUGGGGUUGUCGAAAUAUUUCCCAAAGAGUGAAAAGAAAACGAAGACCACGGUAUUGACUGCUGCUCUUUUACUGUCUGGGAUCCCUGCAGAAGUGAUUAGUCGUUCCAUGGACACUUACAGCAAAAUGGGGGAUGUUUUUACAGACCUUUGUGUCUAUUUCUUUACUUUCAUCUUCUGCCAUGAACUGCUUGUGUUUUUUGGUUCCUGAAGUGCCAUGAUAGCUGUGGAACCUGGUGUAAUACUUCAGCUGGACUGCGUCACUCUUGAUUUCAUACAUGCCUCUGGAUAUAUAAACAGUGUUAACCCUAUAUCCAAUACUUGGUUCAGUGCAGCUUAAACAUACUUUGAUAGGGAAGAGCUUUGAAGUCCUGGCUUUGAAGCUGAAUUGGUAGAUUUUGAGUACAGUGCAGAGUGAUCUCAGAUAUGGACGGUCAAAUGCAAAUAUUGGUCAAUGGUCCAAUGACACACCUUUCUGUAAAACUGAAAUGUGUCCUUUCUGUCCACCACCCCAGUUAAAAAGAAUCACCCUGAAACUGUAACCUUUCCCUUUGGCUCUAUGAUUUGAGAGCACAGUGCAGCUGAGGUCUCCUACUUGAAUAGAAUUAUGUUAGUCUUUAUGGGUGAAUCCAAGAAUUCCAUGAGCAAAACUCAACUCAUCAGACUCUCCUGCUGGAGGUAAGGUGGGGGAGGUGAUUUUUGUGUUCCUCCUAUACCAGAGGUCCGGGGAUUCUCCAGAACUUGCAGGGGUGGCACAGGAGGAAAUGGAGAUCAGAAAAAAAUGUUACCCUCUCCCUUUUCCCAGCAGGAGUCUCUGAUGGGUCUCUGUUUUUCCUCCAAAUGGAUCUUUCUGUUCAUGGAAGGAAUGCUCUGAAUACAAGCUUAUCAUAGGAAUAUCCUAUUUUAUUAGCUUAUAUCCCUCAAUUCAUGCAUUUUAGCAGUCAGGAUAGUCUUACCAAAAUACUGCCAGCACCAAGAUUGAUUCUACAAUAGAAUUAGGCUGGAUAUAAGUCAUCAUUUUAUGUCUUCCUUAAAUGGGGUAGUAUUCUCUUUGCUUUCUUGUAGUUAGGGAGGUUUGAAAUUCAACUUCUUUAUGUGUUCCCAUUAAGCAUUCAUUGGGUGAUAUCAAACAUUAAUCUUACUCAAAGUAGACUCAUUAAAAUCAGUGGAUUUUAGUCCUUCAUUUCAGUUAGCCUACUCUUGAGUUUGACUUCCAUUGGAUAUUCCCUGUUACCUUUUUUUUACCAGACUAGGAAUCUUAAUUACUUGUGUUUACAUGAUCUAAUGCAAUAUACAGCAUUAGUGCAGAUUUAAAAGCUGCUCUCUUGGGUAACUAUACUUUCGUACCUAAAAAUGUCACAAGUUUUGCUCAUUCCUCUGACUUGACAAGUGCUAUUUUUUGUUCAUUGUAGUGUAAACUAACACAGGUUUCUGCUUCCUAUUUCCUAUAUCUUCCGUUGCAAGAAUAUUGCAUGUGGAGUCCAGCCUCUUCUGUCUGGACAUUCAAGGGAUCAUUACAUUUAUCAGUAGCAGGGGGGAAAUGUGACUUGUAAGAGUACAGACCAGAUUUUAACCAUAAUUUUAAUCAAAUUAUUAGUUUGUACAGUUGCUUACAUGUUCAUUUCACAUGAGAAUGCUGACUCACAAGUAAGUUUUUAUAAUCCAUCUGAUACUUUUGAAGCGUCUUCCAUCAAAACCAUUAGGGCAAUUCUAGGUAAAUGCUCUUGAUUGGUUCAUUUCUGAAAGAUUCCGUUCUAUUGGUCAGUACCAUAAAACAAGUCUUUACUUGGUUUUAGCUGGUGGUCCUUCAUAUUUAUUUAUUUAUUUAGAGUUAAGUUCCUUCAGUAAAUCACAGUUGUUGUUUACCAUUAAAAACAGAUUUUAUUACUAAAAAAUAAAAAUAAAUUAAGAACCCUAUAAUAUUUAAAGGCUUGUUCAGAGGAAGCCCAGAUUAAGAGAGCAUGCACACCCAACCUUCCUUUCUCCCUCCCCAUCUUUCUCUGCUCUGCUUCAGUGCUGUGUGCAAUGUUUGCGAUCCCUGGUUGACUUCUGAACCUGCCACCCUGACAAGUAAUUGGCACCAGACUUAGGUAUUCAGUGAGAAAUUAGGCUGGGAGAAAUCAGGCUAUUAUGUAAUAGUUCCCUUUAUGCUGAAGGAUGAAUGGAUAUUUGCCUGGGACCUUAAGAAUUAAUGGGAUUAAAUGUUCUGGAGGUACAGUGGCCAUCGUAAACGAUAGGUGUUACCCAUGUAGCUGUGAUCCCCUAAGUUACUGAAAUCAUUCUGUGAUUAUAGAGGCUAAUGUAGCUUCUCUUUUUAGAGGCGGUCACUUCUUUGUUUUUGUUUUGAAUAAUCAAAAUAAGCUGUUUUCCUUAUUUUGCUUCUUUCCUCCGUUACAGUUUUAAUACUGCAUUCAUUGACCCAAGUUUCAUUGUUCUAAUUGUAUCUGUUAUAUGAAGAAAAGAGUUUUUAGAGUAAAUAUGGAUGCACUGGAGACAUCUGUGCACUUGGAUUGAGGCGUUUGCCAUGGCAGUUCCCCGUGCUGAAGACAUGAGUCUGCUCAGUUUAAAAAACCAACUUUACUCUUUAGCAGUAGGAACUGUUGUGGCAAAAACAGCAAGCAAAGCCCUGUUUGUAUCUGAGUUCUUUCCUGGGCAUGUAUUUCUUUCCUCUCUAGAAUCGGGCCAUGAUAUUGUGUUCAGUAGACUUUGCACUACGAUAAACUCUCAGCAUCUAAUUGUAUAUGUUAAGGUCUGACUAUAUCUCUGUCAACAUGUUGAAAGGUUCUAUUUGAAGCUAAUGGAUGUAAUACAAAAGAUUCAGAACAAUUGCUUUGCAAGUGAGGGCUGAAAUUGAGCUGGCAUUAAUAAUUCUAUCUGUAAGGAGUGACUUGCAGAAAUACUGUAUCUGCGUCACACCUUCAAAAUGCUUUGAAGUUUUCAUCAUUCCCAACUAACAGUUUCAGAAAGCUGAUAGACUUAACCAUUAAAACACCUUUCAGCUGGUGUUUGUGAAUUUCUUUAAUUCAUAUUUGCCAAGCUGGACUUUUCAACAGUGAUAAAUCAGUAUCAAGUCUAAAAUUUAAUGGGUAGAAUAUAGAAUUUUCCCAUAUUGCCCACUUCCGCUAUGAAAAGUGAUGUAUAGGGUGGGAUAGCAGGUGAAUAGUAAAAAGGUGUUUUGUAUGUGGUUCCUUUUGCAAAAACCUCAUUUUGCAAAAUCCAAUAAACCUCAUGUGGUCA